AGAAAGUACUUGAAUGUUUCGUUCCCACAUUUUCUCAGUAAUCACAUCCAUUAUUUUGACGGUUGAUCCAUCUCUUUGCCUUGUUUCUUCCUCGUUUUCCAUUACUCCCCAAGUUCCUAACCCUUCUUCUUCAUCUGCAAGAUGUCGGUCAAGCCCGAAUUCCAAUCCGACAUACAUGAGUUUGAGACUCGCGAUGUUGGGUACAGAAAGGCUCUACGGGCCACUCGCAUGGUCGAGUCCAUCCGGCUCGGGUUGACGACUCUCGCCCUUCUCGCUGGAUUGACCAUUGUCGGCACCUCCGCCGAGACACUGGCCGUCUAUAACAAGACACAUCUCGGCCAAGACUUCCUCCUGCCCCUAUGGCCAAGCGACUUCGAUAUCCGACCCACCAUUGCCCUGGUGACUUGCGGUUCGAUCAUCUUUCUUGCCAGCGCUGUCUCCUUGAUAGCCAGCAAAGUCCAGGCGGUCCGGAACAGCCCCCUCAUUCACAACUCGUUCUCCAUCCUUGCUUCCUUGAUCUGCUUCAUCGCCGGGCUGAUCGGUAUGUCCUUCUUUUAUGGAGUCAAUGCCUCGUCUACUGUCUUCUCUCUGCAAGCUUGGACUUGCCAGUGGUCCGCCAUCUCCAUGACCACUGCACCACACUGGGGAAGGCUAUGCAAAGAGAGCAAAGUCGCCUUGUAUCUGACCGUCAUGAUCGUACCGCUGGAAGUUUUGGUGUUGGGAGCCACUGCCUGGGCUGUAUUUGUAGAGAAGAAGCUAUUCGUCGUCCGAGAAAGGAAGGGUAGCCCUGCUUUGUCUUAAAUGCCGGUAACGGUGAUGUUGAGAAUGGAAUGUGCAUGACGAUAUGGGAGGGUACGGGUUGGGGUUCAUGGCAGGCGUUGAAUCGCAGAAAUGCUUGCGGCCUCUUAUGGGAUUUGAUGUAUUAGUAGUGUUUUUGGCGUGGCUUGAAUGGGGAUUGAAAUGGGAAGGUUCCCAAGCGAACAACGGCUAUAUUUCUUAUGAUAUAAAUGACCAGCCCGAAUCGCAAAGUCUAAUGAGUCUCCAUAGCAUCCUCGAAUGCGGCAUGCUUCAUCUUCUCCUGCCCCCCUUGCCAUAUCGGUAUUAGAGGAAACACGUAAUACAAGGAGGGUCAGAAGCAUUGCGGGAGGUCUUCUCUUCAAUAUCGCUACUCCCGGUCCGUAUCUUAACCUUACGCCUAGA